UUACGUACGGUCACGGUAACAUCUUAAAUAAAGCUGGUGUUGUGUAAAAUGACAGGUCGAAAUAUUAACAUUUUUUACAACGAGUAUUUCUAUUAAAACAGUGAUCUCCCUUAAAAACAUAAACAAGUCGUAAAACGGGCGUAUAAUUUAUGUCACACCAAGUACAGCCUUUCUUCUAAUUAAUGUUUGUCCUAAAUAUUAUAAACGAAGAUUGUGUUUCUGAACCAAACCGCUGAUCCCAACCGGACAAAUCAAAAUGUAACACCGAUACGCUGUUGUCAUAACAACGCAAACAAUGAGCAUUGUAUUAGCAACCGCACAACGGUAUUUCUGUAAGUGAAGCUCACAGCAAGACAUUUAUGAUUUAGUGAAUAACUUCAUUAUUUUUGUAUAGUUGACAGAAUGAUUCCACCUUCCGAGUCUCUCCUGAAAUACGACAAUGCUGUUUUGGUAAGCAAAAGCACAGACAGAAAAUCACCAAAGGGACGGCCUUUGAGAGUAAGCCCUCAGCAGCCUGCUGACUCUAGCCCUGUUCCCCAACCCCCAAAACCAAAACCAGUCUCCGCUGAUGCCACCAAGCAGGAAAAUGAUGAGACCCUCAAUGCCAUCCUUCCACCCAGGGAAUGGAUGGAGGGAAACCAAUUGUGGGUUCAACAAGUAUCCAGUGCACCUUGUACAAGAGCAGAUGUUAUUCACCUAGAGGAACUGCUGGACAUCAAGAUGCAGCAGAGGCAGGCCAGACAGACAGGAAUCUGCCCCGUCCGCAGGGAGCUCUUCUCCCAGUGCUUUGAUGAGCUAAUCAGACAGGUGACCAUCAAUUGUGCCGAGAGGGGUCUGCUUCUGUUGAGGGUCAGAGAUGAGAUUCAAAUGACUAUGGCCGCCUACCAGACACUGUAUGAGAGCAGCGUGGCUUUUGGAAUGAGGAAAGCACUGCAGGCUGAGCAGGGCAAGGACGACAUGGAGAGAAGAAUCUCUGAACUGGGAGAUGAGAAACAAGAGUUAAAGAAGCAACUGAAUGAGGAGAAAGCUAAAAGCGAUUCCAUUGAAAGGAGAGAAAAUGAGAUGCGACAGGUGGAGGAAAAGAAGCACAGUGAAGAGAUUCAGUUCCUGAAGAGAACCAACCAGCAGCUCAAGGUAUGGUUUAUUAAUACAACAAGAAAAGCACCUUCUUUAGAUUUAACACGGAUAGUAGCCGUGUUGCCUGUUUUCAGAAUUGACAUUUUUCUUUCUAUUUAGAACCAACUGGAAGGGAUCAUUACGCCAAAGAAGUAACUCCGCCAAACAAGAUGCGUUACCAUUUCCCAGUACACAAUGUUAGUGAAAGUGUCUUUUGUCUUGUUUCUAUGAUCAAUUCAAGUAAACAGAAGUGAGUGUCAUUAGCACGUUUUUUAUUACAGCAUGACAUGACACGUACAGCUUUCUUUAACAUCAAGAGAGUAUUACACCUGUCCUGUAAAUGAUGAAUGAAAUGUCAUUCAAAAACAGGUCUGGGCUGAAGGGGAGAAGGAGUUUCAAAAGGCAAGAUAAAAACAGUCAUCAAGACAAGGCAGCAAGUGACCGCUUGAUACAGACCUUUUAAUGCUAAGUUAGCAUUCCACCUUCUGUUAACUCCACACUUUCAAAAAAAACUUGGCUUUUGGCAAGUUUAAAUAAAGAUUUGUACAAAUGUG